CUUGUAUGGACUUGAAGACAAUGGAAGUUACGGGUGGCUAAGUCUUGCCUGUUCUAUGGCCUAUUCUGAUCUCUGGUCAAUGUGUGAGGCCAGAUCCAUAACUGGCAGCUUAAGAAAUAAUUGGCAGAAAAGAAGUGAAAAGAAUCAGUGUAGGAGAAGAACCACUGAUAUGGAAUCUGAAUCAGACUGGACAAAGCAUAAAAACUCAUCUGCUUAUACUGCUCAAGUGAUUCGUUCUACCACAUCUUUUAUGCCUUGGUCUUGUAGAAUCCCAAUUGGUGAAGGAUUUUAUGAAUUUCUUUAGUUAUAUGAUUUCGGAUUCUCAGUAAGACAUUUUGUGAAUUAUUUGAUUUAUUGAUCACAACAAAAUUAUCGCCGAUUUGGCAAAUGCCUGGUUUUGUUGUUGGAAAGAAGAGAUUUAUAAAGUCAAACAUGUGUUUCACUAAUUUUGUCAAUCAAGAUAAAUCCAUUCGUACACAAAGCGAUCAUAGUUUAACCAUUGAGGCUUUGGAUGAAGAAGGUAGCCCUAUUCUACCUGGGCUUCCUGAUGAUGUUGCAAAGUAUUGCCUUGCACUUGUUCCCCGUUCCAACUUCCCAGCCAUGGGUGGUGUCUGUAAGAGGUGGAGGUUGUUUAUGCAAAGCAAAGAAUUUGUAAUGGUGCGAAAAUUGGCAGGGGUGCUUGAGGAAUGGCUCUAUUUCUUAACAAAUGACAGUGAAGGGAGAGAAAGCCACUGGGAGGUCAUGGAUUGUCUUGGUAACAAAUGUCUAUCCAUUCCACCAAUGCCUGGUCCAGAAAAGGCGUCGUUCGGGGUAGUGGUUCUUAAUGGAAAGCUAAUUAUCAUGGCUGGUUAUUCAGCUAUUGAUGGAGUUGCCGUCGCCUCAGCAGAAGUUUACCAAUAUGACUCUUGCCUUAACAGUUGGAGCAGAUUAUCAAACAUGAAUGUGGCUCGUUUUGACUUCGCUUGUGCUGAAGUGAACGGUUUGGUUUAUAUUGUUGGAGGCCAUGGGGCAGACGGCAACAGUCUCUCUAGUGUUGAGAUGUAUGAUCCAGAUACUGAUAAGUGGACACUGAUAGAGAGCCUUCGUCGCCCGAGGUGGGGUUGCUUUGCUUGCGGAUUUGAGAGUAAACUCUAUGUUAUGGGUGGAAGGUCAAGCUUUACUAUUGGAAAUUCCAAGUUUGUUGAUAUAUAUAACCCCGAGAAGCACAGCUGGUGCGAUAUUAAGAAUGGCUGUGUUAUGGUCACAGCUCAUGCAGUAUUGGGGAAUAAGUUGUUCUGUACUGAGUGGAAAAAUCAGCGAAAGCUUUCAAUAUUCAGUCCAGAGGACAACUCAUGGACAAUGGUGCCCGUCCCAAUGACAGGGAGCUUGAGUGUUGGUUUUCAAUUUGGGAUACUGGACGGAAAAUUAUUGCUAUUUCCGUUGGAGAAAGAACCUACUAAUCAAACAUUGUUAUAUGAUCCAAAUGCCGCUUUAGGGUCAGAGUGGCAAACUUCAAACAUAAGGCCAUCUGGUUUAUGCCUGUGCAGUGUAACAAUCAAGGCAUGAAAACCUUGUUUGGCUCUGAAAUGAAGACUGAAGUGGAGACUUUUAUCAGUAGUUAUGAAGUUUUCUGCAUUUUAACUAAGUUUAUAAUGGUAUUGAGCACAAGUGUUUAUGAUAAGAUUUUAAUCUGGUGCUUUUUAUUUGAGUUGUAACUGUUUUAAUUGCUUUUUAAUGCUGUAACUGUAAUGUUGUUAUCAUCCAUGCUUUUUUAGUCUUUCGGCAUAUAAGGGAUCAACUCCCUUUGUCUUGUAAUAAUAUCCACUUUGAAGUAGCUCUAUUUCAAUUUAUGUUGGAUUGGUUUUUGUUUAUU